AUAAUUUUACCCCAUUCCUACAUUUAACAUUUCCCAUUCUACAUCGUUGUUCCGUGAGUGAUUGUUUUUGUUUUGCAAAAUUUAAGCUGGAGACUUGAUUGUGGUGCGAGUUCGUGGAGCAGCAUUGCGUCAUCACCUAUUCCUGGACUAGGAUUGCUCCUGGAACGCGGCACGCACACGCCAACGGCACGGAACGCUCCCGGCGACAUAAACGAGGUCGGUGGAGGAACGGAGGAGGAGACCGUGGCGGAGUCGCGGGACUUGGAGGACAUGGCCAGCACCACUGGCAGUGCGCCCAGCCUGGGAGCUGGCAGCGCGAGCGGAGGUGCUACCGGGCUCAGUGCCAGUCCCGGCACGUUGGAGGGCACGCUGAGCAAGUGGACCAACGUGAUGAAGGGCUGGCAGUACCGAUUCUUUGUGCUGGACGAGAACGCCGGCCUGCUCUCCUACUACACGUCGAAGGAGAAGAUGAUGAAGGGCGUGAGACGUGGCUGUGUGCGCUUGAAGGAUGCCCUGAUCGGGAUAGAUGACCAGGAGGAUAACACGUUCACCAUCACCGUGGAUCACAAGACCUUCCACUUUCAGGCGCGACACAACGAGGAGCGAGAGCAGUGGGUUCGCCGACUGGAGGACACCAUUCGUCGCCACGCGAAUCGCUUGCGUCUGUGGGACAUUGCGGCCGGAACCGGAGUCGCAGGAGGAAGCGGAGUUGGGGGCAGGCGCCCCAACCACCUGGAGCUGCUGGCACGCCGCGUCUCAGAGGCGGACGCCUACCUCCAACUGAUGAUUGAGCAGACGGAUUUGCUGGACAAACGAAUCGCGGAGCUGACCGAUCCGGCGGAGCAGGCCAAGUGCAAGGCGCUGCAGGACAACGCGAGUGCCAUGUUAGAUCACAUCAAGCACUCGAUUGUCAGCCUGCAGAUUGCCAAGAACAUGGCCCAUCCCAUCAAUGGAAUCUACAACGGCCCGCCAGCCACUGCCUCGACCAGCUCCUCGGCCAGUGGAGCUGCCACCACGGGCAGCAACAAUAACCUCCAAUCGGGUGGACUAAAGGUGCCCCUGGAGGGCCAUGUGACUGUCAUUGGCAAAGGCGAGACCGGCGACGAUGAGGAGGAUUCGGCCACUGAAAAUGCCACCACCGCUCCGUUGGGCCUUGUUGUGCCGGAGACCUCCUACUCGAGCAGCGAGGGGGAGGAGGACUUCUACGAUGCCUACGACGAUCCCUUCACCAGCCUUGGCAGCUCCCCGAUUGGCUGCACAACGCGCGGCUUUUCGGAAACCACAUCGCCCACCCACGAAAAGGGACCGGAUGGCUUCGCCAAUGCCGAGGCCUUGCCUCCGGCCGAUUCGGUUGCCCCCCAGUCGCUGCCCGAGAUCGAGGAGAGUCUGGCCGAUGCGGAUAUUAGCAUUAAGACGGCCAGAACGGCAGCGAGUUCCCGAAGUGCCAGCUACGACAAUGGAAUCGACUACGACGCCCUUUACGAGGAAGAGGAGGACACAGACCUCAGCAUGGAGGCCCACGGCUCGAUGAUCACGCACUUGCUGUCGCAGGUGAAGAUUGGUAUGGAUCUAACCAAGGUGGUGCUGCCCACCUUCAUACUGGAGCGCCGCUCACUGCUGGAGAUGUACGCCGACUACUUUGCCCAUCCGGACCUGUUUGUCAAAAUCUCGGAGCUGGACGAUCCACGAGAUAGAAUUGUUCAGGUUUGCCGUUGGUAUAUGAGUGCCUACCAUGCGGGUCGCAAGAGCGCAGUGGCCAAGAAGCCCUACAAUCCCAUCCUGGGUGAAGUCUUUCAGUGCCACUGGGACCUUCCGGGCGAGACCCACGAUGCCCAGGAGGUGCGUGAUGGCCCCGUGCCUUGGUGCCGACGGGAUCAACUUACCUUCUUAGCGGAGCAAGUGUCGCACCAUCCACCAAUAUCUGCCUUCUACGCGGAGCAUUACAACAAGAAGAUCACGUUCGCCGCCCACGUCUGGACCAAAUCCAAAUUCUUGGGACUCUCGAUUGGCGUACACAACAUCGGUGAGGGUGUCGUCACUCUGGUGGACCGCAGCGAAGAAUAUAUUGUAACAUUUCCCAAUGGUUAUGGCAGGUCCAUUUUAACCGUGCCUUGGAUUGAGCUGGGCGGCUCGGUGGAGAUCAAGUGCCCGCAGACGGGCUACUAUGCCAACGUCGAGUUCCUCACGAAGCCUUUCUAUGGCGGCAAGCGCAACAAGGUCUCGGCCGAGGUCUAUGCGCCCAGCGAGAAGAAGCCUUUCGUCUCGAUUGCCGGCGAGUGGAGUGGCCUAAUGGAGGCCAAGUGGCACGACAAGAAUAAAACCGAAGUAUUCGUCGACGUAAAUCGCAUACCCAUAUUUAAGAAACAAGUUCGACCAAUCGUUGAGCAGGAUGAGUACGAAUCGCGACGAGUUUGGAAGGAAGUUACAGCGGGACUCAAGUUCAACGACAUCGAGCGCGCCACCAAUGCCAAAUUUGUGGUGGAGCAACACCAGCGUGACCAGGCGAAGGUGCGCAAGGAAUACGACUUGGCCUGGGAGCACAAGCACUUCAAACCCGUGGGCGACAACUGGAUAUACGCCAAGCCGCUAAGCCAGCGCAUGUAUCUGCAGGAGAAGGAGGCCAAGAGAUAAUGCCAGCAACUGCGUCUAUAUAUAUAUAUGGAUCAUAUCAAGAACGAGCCUCAACUGUAUGUUUAUUAAUUCCACAAGUGCGCAAACCUCUCAACACUGACGAUACAACGUAACGAGUGCAGGAAACGAAGAGCAAGAAAAGACGUCAGCGUCCCGUUUAUUAAUUGUAAAUAAUAUACACACGAAUAUCUAGGAGGAAGGCUCUGCUCAUAAGGUUGCAAUGCGGGUCGAGCAAAGAACACUCACAGUUUCUACACACAAUUAACGAUGAUUAUUAUUAUUUACUUUUAAGUACUAGUGUGUUUCAAAGGCAAUCGCAGUAAGCUGCAAAACAACACAGAAGAACACCUAUUCAAUAUACCUUUUACAUAACUAACUUAACAUCUACUAAACUAGCAGCAACAAAGAGAAGAAGCGGCGGAAGCCUGCUCACACACAUAAUGGGAUAUAUCAAAAGUUGUAGAUUACGAAGUGAAUAGUGAUUUAAGGAUAGAAACUCUAUUUUUGAAAUAAAAGACUCUGCUAUAGACGAAAUACAAUACCGACACGCGAGUAUCUGACGGAUGGAAAGGAUACUGCCUUUAACGCUUGUUCCCAACACCCCAAGACACAACACAGGGACACGGACAUACGGUGCACAAUGAUUUAUCUGAUUUCAUAGCUCUUAAAUCAAAUACACUUACACUUUUAGUAUUAUGUUUCGAAUUCCACAAAUGUCACAAACGAUAAUAAAGCUUUACUAACAAUCCGCUACGAGUCCCACAAGAACACACACUAUACCUAUACUAUAUACUGUAAUAAAAGGAUUAAAACAAACCAGCCCAACUCUUUAAGCCAA